UCCGAUCAGCGUGAGUUUCAUGGGAAAUAGCUCCUGGCUUCUAUGUGGACUUUAACUGGAAGUAGUUGCCCUGAGGAACCGACGCGUCCCGGCGGUGCACCCUGCACUUUGAGCUGCGCCACUUUCUAUACGCACGAGAACUUCAUCUGCGCUUCAUCAGGAGAGUGCGAACCUACCGCAGGUGAGCGCUAGCGCCUUCAUUCCCUGAGGAAGAAGUUGAAGGAGGGUUUUUUUUGAUUAUUAUUUAAUUGGACGAGAACAACUGCUCUCACUCAUUUGAACAGUUGGAUUUGGAACGAGAGCUUUUAAAUGUCACCGCUGCUGGUUUGUGGCUGAGGAGGCAGCGCACCAUGGGCAGCCCAGCUCCUGUAGUAGUCCGCUAUAAAAUAAACGAUCAACAUGUUUUCUUUGGUAAAUAAACAUUUCCUACAAAUAACCUCUGUCUUAUAUUAGCCAAAGUUUCUUCGUGUAUUCAGCUCAAGAUCAGAGCAACAGCCGGAGCAGGUGUGUGGCGUCCAGCGGAGAACAGAGGUGGGAGGUGGAUGAAAGAGGAGUUCAGCUAGUGUGACACGACGGAACCUAAACAUUGAAUUUCUCUUCACACACGACCCACUUCUUUUUUUCUUCUUCUUCUUCUUCUUCUCUGGAGGACCAUCUGAAAAAAGUAGUGAGUUUGUCCAGGGGAAAAGAAGGAGAUGACUACCAACACUCUCCUCCUGCUCUUCAUCCUGUCUCUCACAAGCAGCAGGGCAGAGAAUGCAGAGGAGCGUCUGGUGAACUACCUGUUGGGUCCAGAGCGCUACAAUAAACUGAUCAGACCAGCUGUCAAUAAGAGCCAGCAGGUCACCAUCUCCAUACAGGUGUCUCUGUCUCAGCUUAUCAGCGUAAAUGAGAGAGAGCAAAUUAUGACGACCAACUUAUGGCUGUUUCAGGAGUGGAAUGACUACAGGCUGAGAUGGGACCCAGAGAAGUAUGAAGGCAUCAAGAAACUACGGAUACCAUCCAAACACAUCUGGCUUCCUGAUAUAGUGCUCUACAAUAACGCUGAUGGUGUGUACGAAGUUUCCUUCUAUUGCAACGCCGUAGUCUCCAACACAGGGGACAUUUUUUGGCUCCCCCCUGCAAUCUACAAGUCGGCCUGCGCCAUCGAGGUGCAGAACUUCCCCUUUGACCAGCAGAACUGCACUCUCAAGUUCCGCUCCUGGACCUACGACCACACAGAGGUGGACCUGAUCCUCACCAGCGACUUCGCCAGUCGUGAUGACUUCACGCCUAGCGGAGAGUGGGACAUCGUGUCGCUCCCGGCACGCAAAAAUGAGGACCCCAACGACAUCACCUACCUGGAUAUCACCUACGAUUUUGUUAUCCAGAGGAAGCCGCUUUUUUAUACCAUUAACCUGAUCAUCCCGUGUGUGCUGAUCACAUCGCUGGCUAUCCUGGUUUUCUACCUGCCGUCGGACUGUGGGGAGAAGAUGACGCUGUGUAUAUCGGUGCUGCUGGCCCUCACUGUGUUCCUGCUGCUGAUAUCAAAGAUAGUGCCACCCACCUCUCUGGCAGUGCCACUCAUCGGUAAAUACCUGAUGUUCACCAUGGUGCUGGUCACUUUCUCCAUUGUAAGCACCGUCUGCGUCCUCAACGUGCACCAUCGCUCCCCGUCCACCCACCACAUGCCCGACUGGGUCAAACGUCUCUUCUUAGUCCGACUGCCCACGUUCCUCCUCAUGAGGCGCCCGGGCUCUUCCAACGUCCGCGAUAAACUCCGCCGGAAGUAUGCCAACCGGGGUACCAUGGGGAAAACCAACUCCCAGAGCUGCACAGAGAGGAAGCAGUACUCUAACAUCAGGCUCGGCGGGAUCCGAACAGACAGCGACGCUAUCUACGUGAACGAGGACUUGGCCCACAAGUUUUGCUGGAAGGUGGGCGACAUCCCAGAUGGGGGUGGUGGAUUUUCGGACUUCCGGAGACCUUUGGCUGCUCAAGGGGAUGCAGAGCUGGAGGAAGCAGUGGAUGGAGUGAGAUACAUCGCUGAACACAUGAAGACAGAAGACGAUGAUGAAGGGAUCAUAGAGGACUGGAAGUACGUGGCCAUGGUGAUAGACCGUCUGUUCCUGUGGAUCUUCAUCCUGGUGUGUGUGGUGGGAACACUGGGGCUCUUCAUGCAGCCGCUCUUCCAGAGCUAUAACACCCCCACUGCUGAUGACACUGAGUAUGGAGAUUUCUAGAAAACAAUUGAAAACUCAUCUCUCGUAGGAACUUUAACUGAGAACCCACACCAGGUCUGGCUCUAAUCUGACUCUGCUGGACAUAACCAGCCUAAUCGAUGCAGCCAGCUGCACUGGUUGUGUUGGCAGCAGUGGACCUCAAACAAAAACAUACCAGAUCACCUUUUUUUAUUUUAUUUUUUUUAUUUUUUGACUGCAUGGCUUUUAUUUUUGCCGGACUAUGCAUCCAUCGAAUCUCCACCAUCGUCACAGGCAUGACAAUCCUCAUUUUAACCGUUAACUUCUAACAGAUUUUGAUGUUAUCAUCGAGCAAAUAUAAGGCCUGUGCACAGUUUCUGACACAACAUACAAGUUGCAGAGUAUUUCCCCACAGUGUUUAACUCUCACAGUGUACAGAACAAACCACUAAAGUAUUGGUAAUUUCUUAUCCUGUAAGACCGUGAGGCCUGCCCUCCUCUGCAGUGUUGUUAAUGUGACAAAUAAGACUUUAUAAGACAUUAUACCAGUUGUUCAUGUUGGUACAGAACAAUGGACCAUAUUUUCUCUGUCUCUCCACUUCUAAAACCAAGAUCUAUUAUAACAAAGUGAGGAUUCUUUGUCCUAUCCACCUUUUCUCUUCAUAAAAAUAUUAAUGCACCAUCUCUCUCAUCUCAUCUCCUUUUCUUGUUCUGCUUCAGAGCUUUGUGCCUCAUCUCCACCAUCCAUCUCCCAAGCAGCGUGUUGUAACCGUUAAUGCAUUGUCUCAUUUUGAAGAAUGUGUGUUCUUCUCCUGCUUUCUCUUUUUGUCUCCCUCUCUCUCUCUCUCUCUCCCUCUCUCUCUCGCUCUCUCACUUGCUUUGUUAUUCUCUUAUUUUUCCCUCAAGACUGCUAAAAGAAAACCAGUGCUAAAAUGAGAAAUGACAAAAUGGACGUAAAAGAUGGAAGAGGUCUUGAAAAGAUUGA